AUGGGUGGCCAAAGCAGAGAAGGCGGCAAGGUGAAGCCCCUCAAGUCCGCAAAGAAGGACAAGAAGGAACUCGAUGAGGAUGACAUCGCCCACCGAGAGAAGCUCAAGGCCGAUGCCAAGGCGAAGAAGGAAAUGACCGAGGCUGCCAAGGGCAAGAAGGGCCCUCUGAACACUGGCCAGCAGGGAAUCAAGAAGUCCGGCAAGAAAUAG